AUGAACUCGCCUACUGACCCGUCGACGCCCUCGACCACACCUUCUCCGGUCACCAUGGCCAACUCCAACACCCAGCUUUCUCUCUCUCCACCGUCGACUAACGCGAGAGGAGCAGCGCGGCGUCCUCCCAAGCUUCGAUCGUCUUGUGAUGCUUGUGGAGCGGCGAAGGUGCGCUGUGACAAGACACAGCCGCGAUGUGGCCGUUGUGCAGCUGGAGGCAUCACCUGCGUGUAUGGUCUCUCGAGGAAAUUCGGAAAGGCGCCGAGGAAGAAAACGUCGGCUGAAACGAACGCACCCGGAGAUGCGAGUUCAAAAUCCCUGGCCCAGAACGCCCACCAAAAUGGUCUCUCGUGCUUCCCAGACUACCGUCCUUUGUCCGGUGCCACAACAAGGGGGGUCAAAUACGAGCCUCGUUCAGCCGCUUCGCCGAACUUUGGGCUUGAGGACAGCCUCAUGGCAUUUACCAGCCAUACGAACCACGACAUGUUCAUGCCGUCGCCAGACAGCCUGGAAAACUUCAAUGACACAUAUUCCUUCGCGGACGCCCCUCACAGCCGCAAUGCAAUACUCCGACCCGAUCCACGGCACCAUGGGACCGUCGACCCCUUGGAUCUGACCUUCUCAGCGUCAGAUUACUCAAGCUUUUCCGAGUGGAUUCACCCGGACGAUCUGCUGCAGACUCCCGACAGCCAGCACACAAGUGAGGCUGACUCAGCGCAAAUGCCCUCACACCGCCUGCCCACCUCCUUCUCUUCUCAUGAAUCCUUCCCAGACACCAGCCUCCUGCAGACAGACUCGCACCACUGUCAGAAGCUCGCAUACGCCACUUUGGACAGCCUGAGCCUGAAGCAGGACAGCAUCGCCAGGGGCGAGCACCUCACCCAGACCAUGGACAAGGUGCUCAACCGCAACAAGAAUGCCGUCGACAACAUGAGACAGCUGCUCGGCUGCCCCUGCUCAAAGUCGCCGCACCUGGCCAUGCUGUACGCGAGCAUCACAUCCAAGAUCCUCAUGUGGUACCAGCUCGCGGCAGGGUGCGCCAGGCCCAACACCGCGACCACGGCGACGUGGGACAGCCUGCCCCCGCUGGGCAGCCAAACUACGCCCCCGCUCAGUGCCUCGUCGUCGCCGUCGGCCACGUGCGUCUCGCCGGCGAGCCCCGUUGCGGCGGCCGCGGCGGCAGCACAGAAGGGCUUCGUCGUCACGCCGAUGCAGUUCUCGGCCGGCGCUUUCAGCGUGGACGACGAGGCCGCGCAGGAGGCGCUCAGGCGGCAGCUGCUGCUCAGCGAGCUGAAGAAGGCGGGCAACCUGAUCGACCUCCUCUGCCUGCAGGGCCGUGGGGAGACCGCUGCCCCAGGCGAGGUCAACGACAUUUACUCGGCGCUGGGUACAUGGCUCAAGUGCGAGCUGAACAGGACUGUUGGCUCGCUGCAAUCGUGA